GAUUUGGACACUGCGCUAAUCUCAUUCUGAGUCUCCAUGGUAAGUGAUUUGUUGUUUGAUCGCUCAAACAUGAGGUCUCUUGUUUUUUACCUGAAAUACGAGCAGUUAUUGUGAACUUUGACCUGUCGAGCUCUUGACUCCACAAUGAGAUUCGGAAACAAGUGAUUGAGGAAGAUAUUUAUACAUUGUUUACAACAAUUCAAUUUUAAUCAGUCGACAAAUCAUGACGUCCAAAAUUUCCCUUCAAUCACAUCCAGAGAUAAAAGAGAUAUACUCUACAACCUUCAGAAAUAAAAACAAACUCAAAUCUCCUGAGCAGCUUCUUCACAAACGACGACGGAGCUCAUCUUCAUCUACAUCUUCCUCGUCGACAUCAUCUAGCAGUUCUAAGAGUUCAUUAUCUGAAGGAGAUUAUGCGGACAGUUCCAUUCAAUUUUGUGAAUUGUGUUCCAUUGAUAGAACCUUGCUUACUAUAGUAAGCAUUCCUACUCCACGGAAACAUCGAGGAGAAUAUUAUCAUGUAGUCAGCAAUGUGACAGAGGAAACUAUUGAUAUAGAAAAGUAUGAUAGAAUCAUUCGAGUAAACAGCAACGAUGUUAAGAACAUUGAUCCUGUCGAAUUCAGAGAUAUCCUUCAAACGGAGCUGACCAGCUCGAAGUGUUUCAAAUUUAGGAAGAGGACAUCAAUGACUUUAUGGCGCUGGAGUGGACAGGAUAUAUCAGAGAUUUGCGUACAGUUUAGCUUUGAGACAAAGAAACAAGUUUCAAUAUCGACAAUUUCUUCUCAGCCAACCAGAGAGCAUGGUAAAUUAAAAAAGCAAAGAUCAGCCGUUAAGAAAUUAAUUAAAGUGGAAGCCAAAACAGGCACUUUUGUGCGAUUUCAACCAGACACAGGGACCUUGAUAGGUGCAACGAUAAACAAGGACGACUUUAGGUUUUACUUGUUCAACUUCCAGUUUUACUCCUGUACAGUGCUGUGGUCUAAACAAACAGUUACACGAGAAGUGUGCACCAUAAGUUGUCAAGCAGACGAUCAAGCUUAUGACGUUGUAGGGGACUUCGACACCAAAGAGCUUAUUUUAAGGCCUCAACAGCCCAUUUCAAUAGAACACCCGGACGAGAGAUUUUUCAUUUACUACGAGAUUGGUGAGACAGGGGACAAAGUGUUCGAGCUUCUUUUGUACCCAAAUCAAUGUAUCAAAUACAGCAGUGCUAAACAAUGUCUUGAACUGGAAGAAUUAGGAAUGUCAAAAUCAAAGUCCAAGAGAUCAUUCAUUAAUCCAAAGACUCAAUUUCAGUUUGAGCCACAAACCUCUCUGGAUCAAACUGAAGUUAGGAAGUAUGUCAAGUCUCACAAAUAUGGUCUUUGCUGCUUUAGUUCAACAGAGGAAAACAAUCAGGGGCCAUAUCUGGAUGGUAUAAAGCCAUGUAAUGAGUUCAAAUUGAAAAGUGAAGAGGAUGUAAAAACUGAAUUAUCAAUAGAGUCUGGAAAUGGGGAUGAAAUAGAUGCAUGCAUAUCAAUUACAUCUUUGACGAGAGAUAUCUAAGACUUCAUAUUCUUUUUUCUAAUUUGCCUCUGAAUACCAUGACUGUGUCUUUUUACAUUACAAUUACAUGGAAUCAAAGUAACAAGUAAGAAAGAUCAAAUUGUUUAUUAAAUGCUCCAAUAUUAUGUUUUAACAUUCAUCCUAUAACACAAACAUUAAACAAAUCAAUAAAUAAAUUUACUUUCAUUCAUAAAUUUCUACAAAGUAAUUAUGAAUUAACACAUUCUUUAU